GCUGGGAGUUCACAGGGGAACUCUUUGCGGUCGGACCAAGUGAGCGGAAGCUGUGUGCCUUGCUUGCGGAGGUCAAGUGGAAUUGGACCUGUUCAUCAGGGAUAUUUAGCACAAACACUGACCAGUGCAGCAGCAGUGAGGGUUGAGGAGUAGUUUAGCUGCUCAACACCAGAGAUUAAUCAUGGUGAAGAAAAAGCGACUUCGCCUCAUAGCAGAAAUGGCUCGGAAGAUCCGGGCGUACCGAGAGCUGAAGUCCCGGCCGCGGGAGUCCGAGAAGUACGCCCUGGACUAUGAGAGUAUGAGGCGACCGCACACGGGGAAGAUGCUACCUGUGCUGGCCUGGCAGGAUGUUCGCAGGGAGAGUCGCCUCUUCUCCCUCCUGGCAGGUAUGAGGAUGUUUGGAGUGGGCCGUCUCUUUACCCGCAAGUCCUGGCUGGAGGACCACACAGAGCCCAGCUACUGGCAGGUCACCAAGGUCAAGGUGGACUACACAUCUGAGAACAUGGACCAUGGCAGAGCGUGGGGGGUCCUCACCUACAAAGGAAAACAGGAGAGCGAGGUCAAGGAGGUGGACAAAGUGAUGUACCACGACUGGCGCCUGGUUCCCAAACACAUGGAGCAGCAGUUUAAGGACUUUGAGCCGCUCCCUGACCCGCCUGUGCGCUACGUCCCCUACCCUCCCCUGCUCCGCGCCAUGCUGCUGGCCCAGCACAAGAAAGCAUUAAGCAGCGUAGCGACAGAAGAGCCGGCCUUGCCUUUAAAGAGGGACGUCCUGCUCAAUAAAGACUAUUUCCACAUGCAGGAACAAGAGAGGCAGAGGACAGAGGGGACAGCGGUGUGAUACUUGUGGUUCUGAAGAUGAAUAUCUUGGAGAUUGUGGACCAAAUCAGUGUUGAAGUCUUCUUCUUUCCAAGUACUCUGGAAGCCCUCGCCUCAGUGUCCUGCAAAGUCCUGGACUCAAAUGAAUUCUCUGCUAUUUUCAUCUGAAGCAGACCACUCUGUGUGUAAUAUGUAUCUGUGUGAUGUGGUUAAUAUUAAAUUUGGGAUAAACUAUA